AUGGGAAUACAUCAGCUGACUAAGGUUAUUGGUGAUCAUGCGCCAAAGGCCAUAAAAAAUGGGGAAAUUAAGUCCUAUUUCGGUAGGAAAGUGGCCAUCGAUGCCUCACUCUGCCUAUACCAGUUCCUGGUUGCUGUCCGCAGUGAAGGCAGCAAUUUAGCAAACGAAGCUGGUGAAUCCACAAGUCAUCUUAUGGGAAUGUUUUAUCGGACAAUCCGUAUGCUUGAAGGUGGUCUCAAGCCGGUUUACGUCUUUGAGGGCAAACCGCCGUGUCUCAAGUCUGGAGAACUGGCGAAACGCACAGAGCGUCGAGAAGAGAAUGCCAAGGAGUUGGGCAAGGCAAAGGAGAUCGGUGACACAGAAGCGAUCGAAAAAUACUCCAGGCGAUUGGUCAAAAUCACUCCUCAGCACAGUGAGGAUUGUAAAACACUUCUUCGGCUCAUGGGCAUUCCUUUUGUCGAAGCACCAGGUGAAGCAGAGGCUCAGUGCGCGGCAUUGGCAAAGUCUGGGAAAGUCUACGCGGUCGGUACCGAAGAUAUGGAUGCUCUGGCCUUCGGUGCACCGGUUCUGCUUCGUCACCUCACUUUUAGCGAGGCUCGCAAAAUGCCAAUCCAAGAGUUCAACCUUCGAAAAAUUCUAACUUCAAUGGAUCUAACAAUGAACCAGUUCGUGGAUCUUUGUGUCAUGCUUGGUUGCGACUAUUGCGGAAGCAUCAAAGGUAUUGGACCAAAGAAAUCCGUGGAGCUGAUUCAGCGCUAUAAGUCUCUUGAUUCCGUCCUGGAACACCUAGACACGAAAAAGUACCAGCCCCCGGAGGGGUGGGUCUACAAGGAGGCUGUUCGUCUCUUUGUUGAACCGGAUGUCAUAGAUCCCACAGGAAUUGAGCUGAAAUGGACAGAACCUAAUGAGGAUGGUAUUGUGGAGUUCAUGUGCGCCAAAAACGGUUUCAAUGAAGAGAGAAUAAGGAAUGGCGUGAAAAAGAUACAAAAAUCGCGAACUGUUUCAACGCAAGGCAGAAUAGACAAUUUCUUCCUGAUUAAACCUGUGGCACCCUCGGAUAAGAAAACACAGGCAAGCAGCGACAAGAGACCGUCAACCACGUCGGCGAAGAAGCCCAAUCCGAAGAAACGCAAGUGA